AUGGCCUACAGCAUCAUUGCCAACGUGUCGGAGAAGUGGCUGGACGGCAUGGAGGGCUGGCGCAUGGAGCUCUUCCUCAUCCCCACCGUGCUGCUGACCCUGGGCACGCUGCUGCUGGACCCCCUGCUGGUCACCUGCAUCCUGUGGUCGCCGGCGCUGCGCCAGGAGACGCGCUACCUGCUGCUGGCCAACACGCUGACGGCCGACGUGGCCUUCGCCUGCGUCAACAUGGCCAUGGUGACGUGCGCCGUGCUGCGCGUGACCCUGCUGCGCGUGGCCUGCGAGGUGGCGCUGUCGGCCACCGUCACGGCCUACUGCUGCGCCGUGCUCGGCGUUACCUCCAUGGUGGUGGACACCUACGUGGCCGUGCGCUGGCCGCUGCACUACGACACGCUGCUGACGCCGGCGCGCGCCCGCAAGCUCUCGGCGGGCCUGUGGCUGCUGGCCGCCAUGUACCCGCUCUCGCUGGUCAUCAUCCUGGAGGUGCUGGAGGAGGAGGCGCCGGCGCGGCUGCCCAUCUGCCUGGUGCUCAUCACGGUGGGCGCGCUGGGCAAGGACAUGAUGGUGGGCGUGCACAUGUACUUCACCAUCGGCGCCGCGCUCUGCUUCCUGCUCAUCGUCUACUGCUACGCGCGGCUCUACGCCGUCACGCGGCGCUCGGGCAUCUGGCACCGCCGCUACUCGCGCGCCCGCCUCACCAUGCUGGCGCACGCCACGCUGCUGCUGCUCUACUUCGUGCCGGGCCUGGUGUUCACCGUGGAGCUGGCGCUGUUCGAGCGCCACCAGCUGGAGGGCCAGGCCAACGUGUGGGUGAACCUGGUCAACAUGAGCGUGCUGAUGAUGCUGCCGCGCGCCUGCGCGCCCUUCCUCUACGGCCUGCGCUACCGCGAGAUCUACACCAUGCUCACGCAGCUGCUGUUCAAGAGGCGGCAGCUCAGCCAAGUCAGCACCGUGUCCUAG